UGAACUUUGGUCCAUUUCCACAUCAAACAUUUCCUUAGUCCAAAUCUCGGUGGUUGCUCACAAUCCUGAAUCCCCACGUGAAGCCGUGUGAAUCAGAGUGAAGUGAACUCUGUCACAGGGCGGGACACACACAGCAUAAAUACCCGGAGCCUGAAGGAGUUUGGAACAGAUAGACUCCGGGUGACCAGGACUUCUAGACAUCAGGUUCAGGCACUGAUCGAGAAGCUCAACUGCGUCGUUUGUCUGGAAUUCUCUAAGGUUCCUGUUUGCCUCGAUUGCGGCCACAAAUAUUGUCGGUCCUGUAUCACCGGGAGACGGGAAUAGCAGGGAAAAUCCUCCCGUCCGGAAUAUCGCCAAGUUACUGCAAAGAGGAACCUCAAGGUCAAUUGGGCUCCCCCCGACGGCGGCAAAAACGGUGACCCUCUGAGGAUCUGUCGUGUGACGGAUUGAUGAGGAGGGAUCCCUCAGCCGUGACCUGUGUAUCAAAAUGGCUUCCAGACUCCAGGCUGAGAGCUGGACCGAGGAGCUAAACUGUGCCAUUUGUCUGGAGUUCUUCACUGAUCCUGUUAGUCUGGACUGCGGCCACAACUUCUGUCGCUCCUGUGUCGCCGGGAGCUGGGAAAAGCAGGAGAAAAACUCCUGUCCGGUAUGUCGCAAAGUUACUGUGGAGAGGAACCUCCAGGUCAAUGGGGCUCUGGCCAAAAUGGUGGAGAAAGCUCGUGAAUUCAGUCUGGACCCGACACAGACGGCAGUUAAACGUCAGUAUGAGAAACACCGGGAGGACCAGAAGCUGUUCUGUGAAGAUGACAAGAAAUUGAUCUGUUCCAUUUGCAGAGAUGCGAUAGAGCACAGAGGUCACAGCUUUCUGCCCAUUGACGAAGCGGCUGAAAUCUACAAGGAUCAAGUGAAGUCCUCCAUAGCUUCUCUCACACAGAGGAAGGAAACUGCUCUACAAACUGAAGCUAAACAGAGAGAAAAGAUUUCACAAGUUAAGGAACAGGUGAAGAGUGUGCAGACUCACGUCACGGCUAAGUUUGCUAAACUGCACCAGAGUCUGACUGACAGAGAGCAGCGAGUGAUGGGGGAUCUCAGACAGCGAGAGGAGGAGAUUCUAAAGCGAAUGAAGACAAAUCUGCGAGAGGUUCAGGGAAAGUUAGAGUCGGUGGAGCAAGAACUCUCCGAGUUACAGACACAGAUUGGGAAAGACGCUCUCACCUUCCUGCAGGAGGAAUCUGCUGCCAACAGAAGGGUCAGUGACGAGGGGUUUGAUCUGUCAGUGUGUGAGGCUGAGCUGCCGGUGGCCAAGUACCAGUGGCCUUUGAAGAACACCGUCUGGAGAGAGAUUAUAGACAGCGUCAGUCCAGGUACACGUCUCCCAUUCUCACCCUGAAGCCGUGUCAAUAGCCUUCCAUUGACAACACAUUCCCCCACACAUUCCCUCACAAACACUCCGUCGCACACACACACA